ACUAAACUUCCCAAAUGCCUCCAAAACUCACGCCAAUCUCUCUCCCCUCAAUUUCUUCCCAAAUCUCCCCAAAUUGAGAAAUCCUCCCAAAAUGAGAAAUCCCUCAUCCUGUCGUCUCUCUCUCUCCGUCGCUCCACCAACACUCCAUACCAGAGCCGUCGGCCAUUCCUCCUCCGACGCUCGCUGCACUCCGGCGACGUGGCGUCGUCCGAUUCCCUCCGUCGCUGGUUCUGCCGUCUCUGUCGGGGAGUGCUGCUGCUGGCCCAUCCACGCCGUCGCUCGGCGCCGCUGUACCCGACGCCACUGCUGCCGUCGCCGUCGGGUUCGGUCACAGCAGCUGCGGUCAGCCACCGUCAGACCAUCUCACGCCGGCGGCCUCUGCUGUUUCUCCGUCGCCGCACAGGGCCGUCGCCAUCGCUGUCGGCUUCUCCGCCGAUUCGUCACUGCUGCUCGGAUAGUGAGAAUUUGCCAUCUCUACUUGGAAGUUUGUAGUCUUUCUAAUCUCUAAUAUGUAAAACUGCAUUUGAUAACCGAUUUCUUGGAAUCAUGGGAGGUAGAAACCUGAUUUUGUGGAACAGAAAUUUGGCUUUUGAACGUACAAAGAAAAAUGCAACCGAAAGUUCCGAUUGUAUACACCAAGGUUCCGACCGUGAGUCAUUCCUACUAUUUUUUAAUUUUAAUAUACAACCGUAGUUUUUGUGUUUAGAGUGAUUUAUACAACCGUACGUUCUGUGGUCAGAGUGAUGUGGUUCUAGGGUUAGAGUGGUUUUAUGUGAUUUAUUGCUAUAGUGAUGUGUUUUCUUAACACCAGUUAAGUGAAUGCAUGGGUAUAGUGAUGUGGUUCUAGGGUUAGAGUGGUUUUAUGUGAUUUAUUGCUAUAGUGAUGUGUUUUCUUAACACCAGUGAAGUGAAUGCAUGGGUAUAGUGAUGUGGUUCUAGGGUUAGAGUGAUUUUCUGUGAUUUUUUGCUAUAGUGAUGUGUUUUCUUAACACCAGUGAAGUGAAUGCAAGGGUAUAGUGAUGUGGUCCCAGGGUCAGAGUGAUAUUCUGUGAUUUAUUGCUAUAGUGAUGUGUUUUCUUAACACCAGUGAAGUGAAUGCAUGGGUAUAGUGAUGUGGUUCUGGGGUUAGAGUGGUUUUAUGUGAUUUAUUGCUAUAGUGAUGUGUUUUGUUAACACUAGUGUAGUGAAUGCAUGGGUAUAGUGAAGUGGUUCUAGGGUCAGAGUGGUUCUCUGUGAUUUAUUGCUAUAGUGAUGUGUUUUCUUAACACCAAUGAAGUGAAUACAUGGGUAUAGUGAUGUGGUUCAUGGUCAGAGUGAUUUUCCGUGAUUUUUUGCUAUAGUGAUGUGUUUUGUUAACACCAGUGAAGUGAAUGCAUGAGUAUAGUGAUGUGGUUCCAGGGUCAGAGUGAUGUUUAUUUCUUUGAGUUUUUGAUAUAGUGAUGUGUUUUCUUAAGACCAGUGAGGUGAAUGCAUGAGUAUAGUGAUGUGGUUCUAGGGUCAAAGUGGUUCUCUGUGAUUUAUUGCUAUAGUGAUGUGUUUUCAUAACACCAGUGAAGUGAAUGCAUGGGUAUAGUGAUUUGGUUCCAGGGUCAGAGUGAUGUUUAUUUCUUUGAGUUUUUGCUAUAGUGAUGUGUUUUCUUAACUCCAGUGAAGUGAAUGCAUGAGUAUAGUGAUGUGGUUCUAGGGUCAGAGUGGUUCUCUGUGAUUUAUUAUUAUAGUGAUGUGUUUUCUUAACACCAGUGAAGUGAAUGCAUGGGUAUAGUGAUGUGGUUCCAGGGUCAGAGUGGUUCUCUGUGAUUUAUUGCCAUAGUGAUUUUUUUUCUCAUAUCCAUGAAGUAGCUGCAUCUGAAAAGAGGUCUAAGUAUCAGGAGGAUAAACCUCAACUACCACUUAGUGCAGCUUCUCCUGAAAUAAGGUCAAAGAUUAAACAUGACAGGCUACAAAAACCACAAAUUUUUUUGUAUUAUGUCUUCCAGCCUCAAAGCGUGGGAGGUCACAAACAAAUGAUGAAGAAGAACAGCCUGCUAGAGAGAGACAGGCUAAAAGAAAGAGAGCAAUGGUUGUUGUUGAACAUUUUAAAAUCAGAUGACCUAAACUAGUCCUAAAGAUAGGGGUGAAAGUUAUUGUUGAUGCCAUUGAGAAGAUGAACUCAAAACAAAUAGCUGCUCUGGAAGAGAUGGGGUUUGGGCAGCUUGUACCUUUGAACAUCAGGAGUAAUCCUGCUGAAAUGGCAUUUUCACUCCUCGAAAAUUUUAAUCAAGACAACUGCUCUAGAAUAAAACUUAUCGAUGAUCAACCAUUACACAUCACUGAGGAGGAUGUGCAUGCUACCUUGGGACUGCCAAGAGGAGAGCUGAGGAUAAAAAGGGAAAAAAGCAUUAUGUAAAUGAUGUUAUGUAAACCAUUGCAAAUGCUAAGAAGAAGGACAAAUUUUCAAUAAACCCAACUGAUUUGCAAGAGCAGCUUGAUAGUGAUCUAGAUGGUGGUGAAUGGUUUAAGAAAAUUUUUCUUAUUCUGUUGGACAAUGUUCUAAUUUCACCGGCUGCAAAUGGAAAAUGUCUUGGACGUAUUUUGGACGAUAUUGGCAACAUUUUCAAUGUGAAGUAGUACAAUUGGUGCAACUACGUUUUGGAUAUGCUAAUCACAGCACAUGAUAGCUGGAAACUCAAGAACAAAUCCACCCCAUUCACUGGACCCAUCACUUUCCUAUUGGCUUGCUACGUAGAUAGGGUUGUCUACCGUACGAGGUUGGUGGUUAGAAGAUUCCCUACUGACCGGAACUGGACAACAUCCCUUCUUAAGGAGAGAGGUGACAUGGAAUUCAAUAAUGGAGGUAUCAUUGGUAGAGGAAGCGUAGAAAGUAUUAUCAACCCGGUCUCCAUUGAAGCUUUAUAUGUCAACAAGGAUUCAACUGAUGAAGCUCCUUCCACUGGAAACACUGGAAAUACUAUACCAGUAGCCGAAGCUCCUUCGACUGAUGAAGCUGCCCCUUCAACUAAUGAAGCUCCUUUGUCUUAUGAAAUCAGAAAUUCAAUAAGGGAGGCUGCAGCUACUAUUACAAAAAUGAUGAAGUAUAUGAAGGGUGCUCCGGCAAGUAGCAAUGAUGCCAAUUGCUUCAAAGUUGCAACCAUAAAUGCACUAAAGAUGGUGGGUGUGGAGGUUGCUCAAGGAGACCAAGCUGUGUCAAAUCCAGUUGACAACAUGACACAAGCUAUGGAAGAGGAUCAAGAAGAUGAUCCAGAAUGGAUUGAACUCAUGGAAAAAAUUUUGGAAGCCCAUGAUGAAAAGUGCAAAUUAGUGAAUGAAGGAGACAAAUGAAUUUUGUGAAGAUGAAACUAAAGCAGCGUCACAAAUCACACAGAUGAAGGACGACAUUGUGGAUGCCCAAAUUGCAUCUGCAAUAGAAGCGUGCAUGGUGCUAGGUGAUUAUGAUGACUACGUUCAAUCAGAAUUGAAAGGAUCUGGCCAAAAUCCGUCGACCGAAUUAAU